AGCUUUCUCGCUUGGCAUCCUCACAUCACAACUUUCCUUUGCGAACCUUUUUUUUAAGUAGUCACUGUAAGCGCGGCUGAGUGACCUUUCUUCUUGAUAAUCCAGAAUUCAACAAGGAGUCCUAGGUACACUACUUACAAUGAGUCACUCAUCCACACACCAGUGAAACAUGCAUACACACACACACUCACAAUGGUAAUUUUAGAGUCACCAAUCCACCUGAACAUAUCUUUCGGAGGAAACACGUGCAAAUGCAGAGAGAGAAUACAAACUCCACAUGUUGAGGUAGAAUCAAACACAUCCUCACAUAGCCACCCAGGCGCUGUAAGAUAGCAGCAGUGCUCACUGGGCCACUGUGGUGCCCUGAUCACCUACUCUUUACUGCUUUUGUAAAAAUUAGUCGGCUAUAUACAGUAUAAAUAUUAACUAACAUUGAAAGUAACUUUGCAGAUAGACAUUAACUAAAUAAUAUUUUUAACUUCAGUCUAAAUUAGAAGUAAAAACAAUUUUUGUCUGUACAAAUUCCUGUUCAGCUCUGAUUUUUGACUGAUUCAUCCUAUACUAAACAUAUGUGACAUUCAUCACCUGGCUACUAAUGACCAGCACUUAGGAAAACCAAACACAUGCUGUAAAGCCUUUGUAAGCCAGAUGAAUGAAGGUGUUCCCACACUACAAGUUUAUUUGUAUUUUACUGACAUUUAUUGGUUUCCAGAGCAUGGUGGCAUGAAAGAUUUGGCUAGUGCGUCCUGUGUGGUGGGUCUGGGAUUUGAGCCUUGCUGGAGAUGCUUUGUGACACACUGGCAUCCUGUCCUGGGACUUGGAUACUCUUCAAUGGUAAUAGUCUUUUUCUGCAACGCCUACUACAUCAUGGUGCUGGUGUGGGCCUUCUACUACUUUGUAAGGUCAUUCAGUGCCACACUUCCUUGGUCCACCUGUAACAACACCUGGAACACACCCAACUGCACUGAGAUCUUCCAGAAGGGCCUCUGUCAGAAUGGUACCAUUGGCAAUUCCAGUUUUCGCAACCUGACCUGUGCGGAGUUGACUGACGGCCGUUCACCUGUCACUGAGUUUUGGGAGAAUGAGGUUCUGAACAUUUCUGAUGGACUGGAACAGCCUGGGAUAAUAAACUGGGAACUGAUGCUGUGUCUCCUUGCUACAUGGGUGAUGGUUUACUUCUGUGUAUGGAAAGGUGUCAAGUCGACAGGAAAAGUUGUAUAUUUCACUGCCACCUUCCCAUACAUCAGUCUUAUUAUCCUCCUGGUGAGAGGUUUAACUCUGCCUGGCGCAUAUGAUGGGAUUGUAUACUAUCUCAAGCCUGACUGGACCAAACUUGGUGAGGCCCAGGUAUGGAUAGAUGCCGGCACACAGAUUUUCUUCUCUUACGCUAUUGGACUGGGUGCUCUUACAGCCCUUGGCAGCUACAACAGAUUCAACAAUGACUGCUACAAGGAUACAUUUAUACUUGCUUUGGUCAACAGUGGAACUAGCUUCUUUGCUGGAUUUGUGGUCUUUUCCGUUUUGGGAUUUAUGGCAUCAGAGCAAGGAGUAGACAUCUCCAAAGUUGCUGAAUCAGGCCCUGGCUUGGUGUUCAUUGCCUACCCCAAAGCAGUGUCUCUGAUGCCCUUGGCUCCACUGUGGUCAGCCCUCUUCUUCUUCAUGUUGCUUCUACUGGGACUUGACAGUCAGUUUGUUGGGGUUGAAGGUUUUGUCACUGGGAUUCUGGAUCCGUUUCCUCGGAAGCAUUACAUGCGUUAUCGUCGAGAGUUUGCCGUGGCAGGCUGCUGUCUGUUGUACUUCAUAAUUGGCCUCUCCAUGGUUACACGGGGGGGGAUGUACGUCUUCCAACUGUUUGACUAUUACUCAGCUAGUGGAAUGACCUUACUGUGGCAGACAUUCUGGGAAUGUGUGGUUAUUGCUUGGGUGUAUGGUGCUGACAGGUUUAUGGACGACAUCGCCUGUAUGAUUGGUUACCGGCCUUUCCCUUGGAUGAAAUGGUGCUGGUCCUUUAUCACUCCAUGUGUUUCCAUAGGUAUCUUCCUUUUUCACCUAAUCAACUACAAGCCUCUAACCUACAACAAUGUCUACGUGUACCCGUGGUGGGGAGAGGUGAUUGGUUGGUGUCUGGCUCUUUCCUCUAUGCUCUGCAUACCUGUCAGCGUGGUCUACAAGCUCUUCCGUGCCAAUGGCUCUAUCAGAGAGCGUUGGGAACACCUGAUCAAGCCUGUGUGGGGAGCUCACCAUCUUGAGUACAUGGCCCCUGAUGGCACUACCAACAGCCUGGUUCCUCUCACUCUAUUUGAGAAUGUGAGGUAGACCUCUAUCUACAGAAGGCAUAUGACUUCCACCCCCAGUUUAAAAACAAGUGUAAUAAAAUGUGUGUCUCUUGAUACUGUUUCUAAAUCAACAACUGGGGGGAAAAAAUGUUAUAAUAAGUUCAUACAGAAUUUACAUGGCAUGCUGGUAAAUACUUUGUAUAGGACAGGCCUUCUGUCCUGUAAUUCAGAAAAAAUAUUUUUUCGUGGGUAAUUCCUUGUCUUUCACCAAGAAUCCGCUGAUGUAAACAGUACUUGUGUUAUGCGUACAAAUAAAUCCAUUAUAAAUGA